GGUAAUGUUUUGGAGAUUUUUGUGGCUGUUUUGUGCAGAGUUUUGUCAUUCUUGCUAGUUGUAUAUCUUUGGGCGUGAUAGUGUGGCUCUUUAUAUGGUUGGCGGCUGUCAUUGGCUUGGAGUUAAGAAUUUUUAUGUCUAUAAUCUUUUCAGUUGUGUUAUCUAUAAAAUACUUUUCUGAAUCCUCUUCCGAAUUCUCUUCUAAAUCCUCUUCCAAAUUCUCUAAUAGUUCAAGCCUAACCUCCGGCUCUUUAUCCAUGUCAGCAUUAAACUCCUGAUCUGCCUCAUUGGCCUCUUGAUGUAACAGAGGUUUCUUAAUCAAAGAGUCUUCAAGCUUCUGAGGCUCCUUCGGUUUUGGAGCUCCUAGAGCUCCUGUGUCUCCUUCUGGUUUGAAAUUUCCUCUAUUUCAUCAGAAUCUUCUGUGCAGGAUCUGGAUAGGUUUGACUCCUCAAACUCUUUCCUGAAUCUAAAUUCUGGCAUUCCAGGCUCAGUUUUCUUUUCCUAUUGAUUUUGAAUCUUAUUUCUCAAAAUCUUAGCAUAACUCCACUGAGUAGAUGUUCUCUUCACUCUCACAAUUGAGUGUUUUAAUA